UUUUUGUUUUUCCUUAGAAUUACAUUAUGACAUAUAUAUUUUGUUCUGGGCAUUAGAGUUCUAACUGUUGCCAAGCAACAAGAGUUCUACUUUUCUUCUUAUAUUACUGCCCUAUCCUUCCUUUGAUGGAUAAAAAUCCUUUACCUUAAAAAAUAGUACUCUGCCGAUAUUUAGAAAGCUGAAUCAAUAAUUUUAUGCUACUUUAGCUGUGGUCUUCAAUUAUCAGAAAUUCAAGACUUUUUAUAGUUAAAGAGAGAAGAGUCAUCAGAACAACACAAUUUACCAACCUCAAAAAUUACAGAGGAAGGCCGUGGAUAUGGGAGUUCAGUACAAAUCUGGAAAGAUAAGUAUACCUGAGAAGUUCAUCUUUUCAGGAAAAAAAACAGUUGAGAAUACAGACUACCCACACUACUGUGAUCUCUUAAGAAAAAUGAACAUGCCUUUUGUGAGAGGGGUUGAGGACAGACAUGAUUUCGGCAGAUUUGAGAAGAAAGGCAACCCUACUUUUCUUAAGUUUCAUCCUUACCCCCCUUCAGGACUGCCUGACUACCAUUUGUAUCACCCUUAUCCACCACCAUUGGGCCCAAAUUAUGCCUUAUUUCCACUUCGGGAUGAUGUGCCCUUAGAAGAUCCUUGUUCAGUGUUUGUGAGUUCCGGUGGUGAUGCUGACUUAAAGCCUGGUACUGGCAGAGCCAUACCGAACCUGGUGGAUUUCAGUGAUGUGAAACCUCAACACAGAGUUCCUAGACCAGACACAGGAUUUCAAUCGACAGUCAAAAGACAAACAAUACUGUCACAAGAACUGCAACAAGACAGGAGAUGGAAUUCCAGGAAAGUACCAGACAUUUCCAUCAGAGCAAGACUUGGAGGUUGGACGAGCCCAGUGAAGGUUACUUCCUCACAAGCUCCUCGUGAGCGGAGCUUGAUAAGUCACAUAGGCGCAGGUGAUGAGGAGGAGGCAUGUGCGGGUGACGGCAAGCCGCUUGUGCAACCAAACAAAACAUACAGCGCGAAGGACUCGUUUUACAAAUCUUCUACACAAAAAGCUUAUGAAACUGUCCCUUGGGAUAAGAUGCUGCCACCAAAACUUGACCCAGAAGAAACAACGGUGGAAAAGGCUGCUGACCUCGUCUCACAGAAUUGCACCCUGAAGAGAUAUGAAAGCGCACCAGCAAUCACCCAGACGGUUGGUGGCCUCUGGGACAGAUUCCAGACAAGAUCGUUCUUGGCACCCAGCAAACCCAUCAGUUUCGUGAGUCCGAGCUCUAGAAGUAAAUACAUCCCUCUCUACACCGGCCACCUGCAGACCGCAGACGCGGACGCCGUGGACGACCCCUGCGGAGACGCCUCGGCCUUGGCCGGGCCUCGGCGCUCGAGGCCUCUGUACACAAACACGAGCCGGGGCGCAAAUAUUCCGGGGUAUACCGGCAAGGUUCAUUUCAUGGCCACCCAGCCAGCAAAUGCUAAUAUUCCAUCAACAACCCCAUCACCGGACUCGGAGCUGCACCGCACCUUACGGAGAGAAAUGGGAGUUCACCGCUUCCGUCACCAGGGGCCGCUGUCCCGGAUGGUCACAACUGUGAAACCCUGCAACCCCUUCAACAGGAAGGAAAGAGAAACCGUGCUCUUCUGAAAGAGGCCGCCCCCGGUGUGCGCGGUGGGAUGGGGAAUAAAAGAUUG